UACAUUUGUUUCAGCUAGCAGAGAUGACGUGGGAUGACACGGGCGAGAUGUUAGAUAAAUACCUCAGGUCAACAAUACUGAACCUUGCUAUCAAUCUGAAAGACGAGGCUGCCAUUAAGAAAGGGAGAGAAUUGUUUGAACAGUGGAAAUCUGAUCAUAACAGCAUCAAUGUUAACCUUAAGACUGUUAUAUAUAAGACGGGUAUAAUGUAUGGUACAGAUGAAGACUGGGACUAUGUUUGGAACGCUUUCCUGAAGGAGGCAGACGCUUCGGAGAAAAUGAAGCUUCUGAUGGCAUUAGGACAUACAAAAGAAUCACGUCUUAUGUUAAGAUUGAUGAAGUAUAGUUUGAAUGAUACAUUGGUGAGAUCUCAGGAUGCAUUUCGAGUGUUAACAUCUAUAUCAGGGUCAUACACAGGCCAAAUACUGGCAUGGAGAUUCUUUCAACAAAACUGGAAAACUUACCAAGAAAGAUAUGCCUCCACAUCAUUUAUUAUGUCAACCUUGAUUAAAAGUGUUUGCAGUAAUUUUGAUACACAGUUUGAUUAUGAAGAGGUACAAACCUUUUUCUCUCAAAGAGAUGUUGGUUCAGGGAAACGUGCGGUCAGUCAAGUGUUAGAAAAAAUACAGUCAAACAUUGAAUGGUCAAGCAAGUUUGAACAUGUUGUCACAUCCUGGCUUACAAGUCAUGGAAAAUUAACUGUGAAAUAGUUAUAAAAUUUGAUCGGUUUAUUCACAGACUUAAAUUGUCAGUUAAAGUCUGUGGUUUAUUUAAUAUAUAAGUAACUGAGGAAGGAAUACUACGUUUAAUUAUAUGAGGUAUUUAAGGUUAGCUGUUGACAUCAAAUUUUGGAUAGAAUUGGAUUGGUUUUAAAGAUUAAGUGAGUUUCAUCGGUGAUACUUUUGAACGAAAUUAUAAAUAUUUUAAAAGAGGUACAUCAUUCUGACUGUUUUCAGUUCAGACUUGGGGAUGAUUACAUUGAUCAUUAAUUGAUUUAAUAACAAUUACUUUCAGAUUUUAUUGUAAUUGAUUAUGAUUGAUUACUCAGAAUUGCCUCUGUAAUCAAUUAAAAUUACAAUUACUUUAACAGAGUAAUUGAUUAAUAACUAAAUUAUUAUUACAUUCAAUGUAUAGCUGUAAAACAAAAGUUGAACUGUAUUAUGUGAAAUCAAGGCAUCCUUUGAAUUUAGCUCUGAUAGUAAUCAAUGUCAACCAGUUAUCAUCUUUUGAUAAAUUUACAAUGAAUGUUAUGUAAGAACUGAUUAUGGUUGCAGAUGUCAAAUCACUGACUUUUAAAUGAUGAGCUCAGAUAAGAUAACAAAAAGUCAUCCUGAUUUGUGGGACUUUAAUGUAAAUGUUCACUAUUAUGAGAUUAAGCAUUUAUGACAGGUGCACUCUUGUGCAGCCUACUCAAUCCAUCCAAUUUAUUAUUUUUCGGGUAAAAAAACCAAUAUUUAUAAGAUUAUAAAAUGUUAUUUAAAACUCACCGAAAUACUCUUUAGAACAGGUACUGUUUGAUUGAUAAAUGUUAUAUUUACAUACUAAAAUGAAUAAUAAAAAAGUUCUACAGAUUCAGUUUACAUAUUUUACAUGCACGGAAGGGCACCUGAGGUCUUCCUCCACCAGUAAAGCUGGAACGUCGUGAUAUGACCUAUACUGUGUUGAUGUGACUUAAAACCCAAACAAGCAAACAUAUUGUACAUAUAGAUGUAUAUACUUUUGUAGGUGUAGAUAUACGAGGGAUGAUCAAAAGUUAACCGGACUUUGUAAAUAAUUCUUUACCCGUUUAAU